GCCGAUUCACUAGCGGAGGUCUUAUGCGAAUCACGCCGCUACGAGAAGUCUGGCGCUAUGGCUAGGGGAACCUGACACUUUAGAGUUGUAGCGAGGAGACGGAAGUAGCAAGGAGGCGGCUGUCACGAAGAGACGCUAGUCAGUCACGGAGAGUGUCAACAUAAGAACUGGCUCACUGCAGGUGAAACCGAUUGCUAUUCGGUAGUGCGAGUAGACUCGUAGCGUUGAAGUAGCGACAGGUCGUGAGGAAUUCGAAGUGGCUCGACAGGAUUUUUUUAAUGUUUCAGCCUUAACUCAGCACGAAUCAAUGCUGCUUUUUCUUAACGGCCAUCUCGUUACAAUAACGUAGCAACUAAGGCUCCAGUCGAAAGCGGCUCUAAGUCUCGGCACCACCAUUCCGGCAGCAUCGCCGUCAGCAUCACCGUCAGCUCCUCGUACUUGCCAUCUGCUUUCUCCACCACACUGCACCGUUUCCCACUACCUUGUACUAUUCCCGCUUUUCCCGUUCUGCGCCGUUUUUUCCCAUUUUCACCAUUUUCCCGCUUCUCGUCACCAAACUAUUCUCACUGCUUCACACCGGCGCAGCAUCAUUCCCACUCCUCUGCUUCACACCAACGACGUGCAUGGGUCUCUGCUCCUCGUCUCUGGACGACGAUGCGCCAGCGCAGCACCAUUACCCCCACUACCACUCCCAACCGACCUCAACCGCAUCAACCUUCCCUCCCACCUCCUCGUACCACUUCUCUUACCCCUCCUUCCCCCCCUCCUCCUCCUCCUCCUCCGCUCUCCGACCGCCGCCUCCCCAUCUCCCCCCAGAGUGCAUCGCUCUGAUUCUCUCACACCUCCCUCCCGCCACCAUCUGCCGCCUGGCGUCAGUCUCCAAGGCCUGGGCUGAAGCUGCUGACUCAGACACCUGCUGGACCCGCCUCCUGCCCCGCGCCUUCGCCCCUAAGCUCUUUCCCGACUGCUCUUCCAAGGUUUCCCUCAACCCCAAGGUUGUUCUGACUCCCUUAUCUGCUGAUUCCUCUCCUGAGCUAAUUCUCAGCUCUCCCGCAUCGUCUGCGUCCUCUCCUCUCCCCGGUGUUGGUAACGUCACCUCGCGCGGGCUUGUUGCGGGAUCUUAUCCGCUCGCCUCGCAUCUGCUGAAGUAUGACCCUCUGCGUCCAGGUUCAACGAAUCCGGGUCAGCUGCUUCCAGGCCCAUCGAAUCCUGCUUCCCUGGCGUCUGACCCUCUGAAGCGGCCCUCCAGCAAGGUGCUUUUCCAGGCGUUAUGCCAGGGCGUUCUGCUAGAAGGAGGGAGGCUCCAGGUGAAGAUAGACCCAGGCACAGGCCUUGUCAGGGCAGCCCUUAGCGCCACUGAAGCCAUGGGGAUUGCAUGGGGGAGCAAUGCUAGCUACUGGCAGCAAGUGGAGCUCAAAGGCUCGGUAUUCCCUAGGGUUGCCCAUCUAGCUGCUGUCAGCACUUUCGAUUUGAUUGGGCGAUUUACCCUACCGCUUCCGGUGCGGUCGUGUAGAUAUGAGCUGUGGUGGAGGGUAGCAAGGGAUCCUACCCUAGGGGAAACCUGGAUGCCUCGAGACGUUGUGUUUGAGUGGCCGACUGCACUGGUUACCAGCAAUGUGAAGGUUACGGGUCCGGGAUUAUCGGAAUCGGUAGAGAUUCAGCGGCGGGUGGUGUUUAAUGAUGCGACGUUGCCGGGUGCUGGGUGGACCGAGGUUGGGGUGGGGGUGGUGGUGCUUUGGCCGGGGAAGAAAGGGGGAGAGUUGGUGGAGACAGAGUGGGAGGUGAGGUUGCAUGAGGUGGAGUCAGGGAUGUGGAAAAGUGGCUUGUAUGUAGAUUGCUUCCUGUUGAGGGAAGCUCCCAUGUGAUAUGGGUGGGAGUGUCAUUUGGUGGCAGUACCCAUCCCAUUGGGGUCUGUCUUGGACCAUACCGUAUCAUCACCCAAUGGGUGCAUCUGCUUUGGUGUAAAUAAUUGCAGCGGUCGAGAGUAGAAGCACCUCGUAACCCGGUUGUCAUCACCUUAGUAUUUGUUGCAAUGUAUGGUCAUCAUCAUGCAAA